AGCUGGGGGAAGGGGAGACCUGUGUGUGGAAACCGCAGAGACGAUUCCUGAGCUCAGCCCUGCUGCUCUUAGGGCUCCUCCUGGUUACGUGUGUCCUGACCCCCGGACACUGGCGGUCAGAGACCCCUGAGCUGAGACUGGUGGGCUGAGCGAGGGUGGAGUCUGCUGGGGUCUGAUGGGGGAGCUGAGUCUAAAGAAGGAAACGGCAGGAGAGAAGACCCAGCGUGAAAAACGACAGACAUGAGGAAUGAGAGCGCCCAGUCAAGGCUGCGUCACGGGCGCUGCCAGAGAGCGGGAGGGCCUCGGGCCGGAGCAGGGUGGACGUCUUUGGGCUCAAAGAGAAAGGACUCUGAGCCCAGAGAGUCAAGGAGCCCCGGCUGGGCCUGGAGGAAGCCCAGGGGACAAAGUAAGAGGGGGCAGUUCUGACAGAGGACGAGCUGCACGCCGCCGAUGAAGAGAAGAGCUCCGUGGAGAGCGUUCUCACGUGGUAGGGCUUUGCCUAAAAUGGAUGCCCUCAGCACAGCAAAUGUUGAAUUUUGUCUGGAUGUGUUCAAGGAGCUGAACUAUAACCACGCAGGAGACAAUGUCUUCUUCUCCCCGCUGAGUCUUCUUUAUGCUCUUAGUAUGAUCCUCCUGGGGGCCAGAGGGAGCAGCGCGGAGCAGAUGCAGAAGGUGCUUCACUUUAAUCAUAUUAUAGAAUCAUCAGGACCAGAGUUCAGGGACUUGGCUAAGUGCAGCCGAGCUGGAAGGAUUCACUCAGAGUUAGGAGUCCUUUUCUCCCAGAUCAAUCGGUCAGACUCUAACUAUAUCCUCAGCAUCGCCAACAGACUCUACGGGACAAAGGCGAUGGCAUUCCAUGAGCAAUACUUACACUGUUCUGAGAAAUUGUAUCAAGCCAGGCUGCAAACUGUUGAUUUUGAACGGUCUGCUGAAGAAACAAGGAAAACCAUCAAUGCUUGGGUUGAAAGCAAAACUGAUGGAAAAGUCACUAACCUCUUUGGAAAAGGCACGAUUGAGCCCUCCUGUGUCAUGGUCCUGGUAAAUGCCAUAUAUUUCAAAGGACAAUGGCAGAAUAAAUUUCAGGAACGAGAGACAUUUAAAACCCCUUUUCAGUUAAGUAAGGGUAAAAGUGUAACUGUGGAGAUGAUGUAUCAGACUGGGAAGUUUAAACUGGCCCUCAUCGAGGAACCACAGAUGCAGGUUUUGGAGUUGCCCUAUGUCAACAACACACUCAGUAUGAUCAUUCUGCUUCCAGUGGGCACGGCUGACGUAGACCAGGUAGAAAAGCAGCUGAACUCGAAGACCUUUCAGGAAUGGACCAGCCCAUCCAACAUGGUGGAGAGGGACGUGGAAGUGCAUCUCCCGAGAUUCAAACUGGAGAUCAAGUACGAGCUUAAUUCCUUGUUAGAGUCCCUCGGGAUGACAGACAUCUUCAGCCAGGUCAAAGCAGAUCUUUCUGGAAUAUCACCAGUCAAGGGCCUCUUUGUAUCAAAGGUCAUCCACAAGUCCUAUGUGGAGGUCAACGAGGAGGGCACGGAGGCAGCCGUGGCCACUGGCAACGUUCUGGCAGUAAAAAGACUUCCCGUCCGAGCUCAGUUCCUGGCGAACCGCCCCUUCCUGCUCUUCAUCAGGCACUUUCACACCAACAUGAUUCUCUUCUGCGGCAAGCUGGCCUCUCCCUGAGCAGAGUGGGUGGAGCAAGGCUCAGGGUCACAGAGGAGACGCAGCGACCAGCCAGGACUAAAAGCGGUCCAUACCUCACCCUCCUCCAUGCCUCAGUUUGCUUCUCUGCAGAAUCGGUCUAGGGCAUCUCCCAGCUUAUCCCACGAGUUGGUGAAGCCUCAGAUGAUGGCCAUCAUGGAAGAAGCUAUAACUACAAACAAGCCUCUCUGUCUGUUUUAUCUUUGGGGCCUCGUUUAAGUGCUAUCCAGGUGAUAUGAUCCAGUCAGUGGGAAAUAGUUUAGAAGAUUAGAUUUUCUUGACUUGUUUGUAUCAGUGAGCUCUUGGUUAAGUGGCCAUUUUACCUGAAGACCAAUGUAAGGGCUUCAACUUUGGCUGGGUCUUAAAAUCUGUUAUUUUCCUUGUAUAUGUAAAUAUAACAUCAUGAAUUCUGUAUUGACUAUAGUAAAUACAUGAAAUGCCUUGAAUUCCUGGAGGAUUGUUAGUACUCUGCAGUAGCUCAAUACACAUGAGAAAAGACUAUGGAUAAGUGGAAGUCUGAUUCAGUGCAGGUUUUAGGAGAAUCUUUGGCUAAAUCUUUUUAGGCUCUAAACUGAAUCAGAUUUUUCUUUCCCUCCCUCUCUCCUUCCAUCCUUCUCUUUCUUUCUCAAUAGUGUUUAGUUGUUCAGUCGCUAAGUGUGUCCAACUCUUCUGCUACCCAUGGACUGUAGCCCGCCAGGCUCCUCUGUCCAUGGGAUUUUCCAGGCAAGAAUAUUGGAAUGGGUUGCCAUUUCCUUCUCCAGGGGAUCUUCUCAACCCAGGGAUAGAACCUGUGUCUUAUGCAUUGGCAGGUGUAUUCUUUACCUCUAAACACCAGGAAGCGCUCAAUAUUCACAAUAAUGCAGUGAGUAAAAUUCACAACAGAAAAAACCAGACAUCAAUCAGAAUAUUUUAUUAGAAAAAUUUCUUAGGGACUUCCCUAGUAGUCCAGUGGUUAAGAUUCGGAGCUUCCACUGCAGGGGGCAUGGGGUUUGAUCCCUGGUCAGGAAAGUAAGACCCUGCAUGCUGUUAGAUGUGGCCAAAAAACCAAAAUAAAAUAA